GCUUUUAACUCUCGUGAAAUACGACGACGCCAAAGAACGGAUACUGAACACUAAAGUGGACCUGCGUUUGCUGCAGAUGAUCGAUGAACGCAUAUUUGACGGAACAAUUCACCGGAAAGGCAUAGAUAUCCUUGCGGACAUAUUCAAAAAUGAUGACCUGCGAUCCAUGAUGUUAGACCCAAAGAAUCCACCGUCUUUCGAUAACGGUUCUUGGAAUUUCGGCUGCAAGGAUGCGCCCCAUCAGCGACUCAAGAAAGCGGCAAAGUACGUCCUGGAGAAGACAUUCCGCAGACAAGUCAAAAACGCAAUGGAUGAUUCCGAUAGCCCUAAAUACCCGAGAAACGUCAUUGGGAUUUUGCGCAAGAUGAUCGAAACAUAUCCGCUCGACUCUGUUCAGAAUAGCGCUAUCAAUUACCUGCGCAUUAUUGCUGAUUACGAGGACGCACGCCAGGCGAUGGUUGGCGCCGAAAUCAUAGGACCUCUUUUGUGGUGCCUUAAAGCCACGGAUGUGGACAUCGAUGCUCUCAAUGAUGUUUUAAGAAAGAUUGCGCCUGACGAAUCGUUGCGUCAUGAAAUCACAAAGGAUGACAAGAUACUGGUUGAAAUGCUCAGUAGUCAUUAUCCUGGCGAGGUUCUCCGCAUGACUGCCGCAUUGGAAUCUUUAUCGUCUUAUGGAGAGAUACGCCGGAAAGUUCGGGAGAUGGAUGAGUACCAACACCUGAAGAGGGAUCCCCUGUACUACUUAGAUCCGCAGCACCACCCUCACGAACGUGAUCAGUAUACCAUUGCAUCCCAGGCCAUCACAACGAUCAUCAGGGUAUUUGACACAUGAUAGAACAA